AUGAGGGAGGUGGGGAGGUUUAGGAAUAACCCACUUAGGAGCAAGCUUCCUGUACGGGGCUAUUCAAAGCUGGAGUUCCAUGGGAUGAAGGAGCUGGGGUUGGCCGAAUCCCCAGCGGUGGAGCCUUCGGUGGCUUUUCACCUACAUCCCAAUCGCCGCACCAUGUCAGCCUCAAGGGAACUACUUGAGGAAACGGGACAACAGCUGGACUGCGGGUCUCCUAACCUGGUCCUCUGGGAGGAAAUCUGUGUGGUGAAUGACCUCAGCCUACACUCUACUCGUGGAGCUGUCCAGGGCUGCGGCCAUGUCAUGGGACUGGCUGUUGCGGGGGAGGGUGUGGCCUUCAGUCUCUGUCUGCCAAGAAAACAGCCUCCUCGUCCAGCACAGCCCCAGAGAGCGGGCCCCUCUGGAAAGGCGGGCCCCAGGGCCCCGCAGAGGGGAGCACCUCAGCACCCUGGCCAGCAUUCUGGCCUGCAGCAACGGUCAAGAAAUCCCAGAGCAUGGGGCAAGCACUCCUAUGCUGCGGUUGCGGCCAAAAACCGCUCUUCUCAGCUCGUGGAGAGCAAAAAGAAGUGUAGCUCCUAG